AUGUCAACCAUUGACACAGAAAUACCUAUAUCUAGCACCAGUUUUUUCGAUCCCAAUUUUGAGCUUGAUUAUGGAACUCCACUGUCUGCGACAUUUGACAGCCAGGGCUGGACCCUGGCUGAGCCGAUUCGCAGAGCGAGGACAGAAGCACAGCAGGGUCCUGAAGCGAGUGCUUUAGAGUUUUCCUCUUUAUGCUUCACUUAUACAGUCGUUUGGAAAUUACAGUUACGCAAAGGGAGAAUGAUGACGCUCACAAGUGAUACAGUAGAAGACGUAAAUGUUCCGUCUGGUAUGUUUUGGAGCAAUACUUUGAAGCCCGAACUUUUCGAUGUCGUGGAAGAGAAAGCACCGGACCCACAGUACAAACCCGACGAGACAAGGAUAACGAUAUCAACAUCGAAGUGGUCCCAACGUGGUUUCCAAAAGCGCUUUAGUGGACGUAAUAUUGAUUGGAAUCUCGUGGAAAAUAAGCUGCAGUCUUGGAGCAACCAGGGCAACAGUCUCACCAAGCUCGUUGACUUUGCGGAGGAAGGCAAUAGGCUUAAGACGCACGAUGACGUUCCUGAGCCAAUUCAUGAGAUAAUGUAUAGACAUAGAGAAGAGGAAGAAACGCGCAGGCAAUUAAAGCGGAAAGCACCUGAUCCAUUGCCAACCACGAUGCACAUCUGCUGUCCUGGUCGUCAAGAUAAGGGCUGCGCGGACUCGGAUGGAAACCCACAAAAAGUUGUUCGCCGGGCUGCCCCAGCUGGGCUGAAGUUCCCAAUGCCCAUGGAUGAGGCUCCAAAAGCGUACUCUGAUUGGCUCUGUAGCCAGGUGACCAAUAAUGCAUGGCAAGCUGCCUAUCGAUUGGCAUGCCAGAUUACCAUCGAUAAGGGUUAUCAUCUUGAACGGAUGUAUGAGGCGCAGGCCGUGGAUGCUAAGAUGUUAGCUACAUGUGGGGUAUUGCCAAGCAUUGCUCUCCAAUUUGUGAGCCGGAUUAAAGAGUGGUUGGAUGAUCUUUGUUCAGAGUAA